GGAUAUUAGCCGGAAUGAUAGUUGCGAAGGGCAAGUGGCAGAAAGUCGCCAUUUCGGGUUGUAGUUUUUCGCAGAAAGAUUUCGAUGGACUGAUAAGUAUCGAAGAAUUGUGCGACUACGAGCUGGAGACGGAACAUGAUGCAGCGACGACAGAAAAUAAAGAGAGAACACAGAAAAAACGAUUGAGGCCGAAAAAGCGUGGAAAAAUUAUUAAGAAAGACGAAAAAAUGGAAACACCAACUACGAAAAGUCUGAAGAGGCGGAGAAAUGAGCUCGAGGUGUCCAAUGUUGGUGAAGUGGAAGAAUUUCAUGAAAUGAAAAAAGUGAGGCUUGAUGGGAUGGAGAAAUGGGAUGGCUUGGAUGUGCCUCAAUCUGUGUUGGAAGCUCUGUGUCAGUUGGGUUUCACGCAGCCGACGCCAAUACAAAUGCAGUGCUUACCUGCUGCCAUACGGGAUUGUAGAGAUGUUGUUGGAGCUGCAGAGACGGGCUCAGGCAAAACAUUGGCAUUUGGUAUUCCCCUCAUUCAUCACAUUCUAAGAAUGAAAAGCGAAAAACACGAUACAGACGACACAAAGCUUUGGUAUGCCCUCAUCCUCACUCCAACGAGAGAACUCGCAUUACAAGUGAAACGUCACAUUGCUGCAGCAGCUAAACAUACCACAAUUAAGAUUGCUGCCAUUGUUGGUGGGAUGUCUGUGCUGAAGCAGGAAAGAGUGUUGAGGCAGCAGCCGGAGAUAGUCGUUGCGACGCCGGGAAGACUGUGGGAGUUGCUCGAUAUGGGUGAUCCCCAUUUGUCCAAGAUCGGCGAUGUGAGGUUGCUCGUGCUCGAUGAGGCUGAUCGUAUGGUUGAGCACGGCCAUUUCGUUGAGCUCGUAAAUAUCCUUCAGAAACUUCCACAACCUCGUGAAAGAUAUGAAGUUGUAUCGACUACAAAGAAGAAGAAGAGACGGAACAGACAUUUGCUUAGAAAGAAAAGUCAAGCAGUGAUACAUACCGACAAUGUGUCAUCAGUCGAAAGGCAAACGUUUGUGUUUUCUGCCACUUUGUGUUUGCCGAAACUGGCAAGACAAAGACAGCAGUCACACAAGCAGGACAACCACUCGAUUGAUUCGCUAAUGGAGAGAGUCGGGCUUCGUUGUAAUCCUUGUGUUGUUGACUUGACGCAGCAACAUGGCACAGCAGAGACGUUGACAGAGACUCGAAUUACAUGCACCAAGGAAGAGAAAGAUGUGUAUUUGUACUAUUUCUUGUGUCGUCAUCCUGGACGAACUCUCGUCUUUGCUAACUCGGUCGACUGCAUUAGAAGAUUGCGUUCUCUCUUCUCUCUUCUUCUAGUCAACCCUCUUCCUCUUCAUGCUGGCAUGCAACAGAGACAGAGACUUAAGAAUCUAGAAAGAUUUUCUAACGAUCCAAAAGGCUUGCUUGUGUCAUCUGAUGUUGCUGCUCGAGGACUGGAUAUUCUGAAUGUUGAUCAUGUAAUACAUUAUCAAGUUCCACACAAUGCAGAGCUGUAUGUCCAUCGAAGUGGUCGUACUGCUCGUGCAUCUACUGAGGGCAUCAGUGUGAUGUUAGUCGGACCAGAAGAUACACCACAUUAUAAACGAAUUUGCAGAAUGCUUAACCGGAAUGAGGAUCUAAAGUUGUUUCCUGUUGAUAUGUCAUGUUGGGUAGAACUGAAAGCAAGGGUCAGUCUUGCAAGGACGAUAGACACAAAGGAGCACAGGAUGUCUCGAGCAAAGAGUAAGAAUGAUUGGUUGUUGAAGACCGCAGAGGCAAUGGAUAUUGACGUUGAUGAUGACAUGUUGCCUGAUGAAACAGACUCAAAAGAAUUGAAAGUCGAUCAAAAGAAGAUUAGAAAAAUGAGAGAUGAGCUGGUUUCUCUGCUGAAGACUCCAAUUAUACCGUCAGGACAUUCUAUACGUUUUCCAACCGCUAGUGCAAGACUUGUUUCGAUUGGAUUACAUGGCAAAGAAUCGAAUGAGAGAAGUGCCCUCCAUUCAGUGAAACUCAGUUAACUAUUAUUAAAGUGAAAAAUACACAAACAGUCGUGCAAGUAGGAUUUUUUGUUUUGAAGUAUAGACAGUUUUUUGUUACUCAACAACCAUGUGUACAUAUAAGUAUCUAUUAAGGUACAGAUGUGUAAGUACUAUGCUGUAUGU